UAAGGGACUAAAAGUUCUAAAAAAUGAUGCGAGAGAGACACUUUAGAGAAAGAUGAGAAAGGGAAAGCCUUUUUUUACUUUCUUGAGGGAAAACGAAGAUAAACGAUGUUUAUCAUACCCCGCAUGGUCUCAAAACACCUUUCUUAAAAACAAUUUUAAUCUUUAUCCCUCACCAAAAGAGCCUUAAUUUUCCAAAAUCUUCCAUACAAAUUAAUCCCAGCAAAUCUUUAACCCUCGUCGAUGUAUCCUAGUUUUGGCAAUUUCCCAUCUAAGUUAUGGGUGUUCAAAUCAUCUGAACAUCAAUCUAGACCAGCAGCCUCGACCAACGCCGCCGCUCGUGCCUUCGUCGCCAGUAAGCUCUCUCUCUGAUUCAGGGUUUUCUUACUCUCUCUACCGGUUCGGAGCAGUUCUAGGAGUUUUGGAGUUCAGUGUACUAUCCAGCAAGAGAUUAAGAUUUUUGGGGGACAUUUCGAACGUUGAUCGAGGUUCCGCAAGCAGAAGAGAGUUGUGUUGGUGGAUAUUGGGAUUGGAUUUGAGGUGCGUGUCCAAGGGCUCCGAUGCAUGAAAAUGAUGUUCUAGAGUCGAUAUGCAUGGAUGUGAUACAUACCUAACGAGGCUUGCUAUAAAGCACAAAUACUUCACAUGAGGCAGGCUUGUCCACAGAGCCCUACGGCAUGGGCCGACAUAUGGAGUGGGCAGGGCGAAUGGGAUACAUGUGGGGAAUCCCAAGGAAAAUGAUGUUUGUAGCAGUGGGUGCUUUUGCCAAGGCUGUGGCAAAUCUUCUAAACACCACUACCGUCCACAACGCUGAUACUCUCAUCCGACUAGUCCAACACCGGCCUCCGGGAGUGCCCCUCGUCACUGUUAGCAAUCACAUGUCCACGAUAGAUGAUCCAGUCAUGUGGGGCUUCAAAGGUUUUCCGACCUCUGAUGCAACAUUAGGUAGGUGGGUGUUGGCAGCGGAGGAUAUUUGCUUUAAGAACGUUGUGCUAUCUUAUUUAUUCCGACUAGGAAAAUGUAUACCUAUUACUAGGGGUGCUGGAAUUCAUCAAGAAUAUAUGGAUGAAGCACUUGAGCAUUUAAGGAAUGGAGAAUGGCUCCAUACAUUUCCAGAAGGUAAAGUGACUCAAGAUGAUGUGCCCAUCCGACGAUUAAAGUGGGGAACAGCUAGUCUUAUCGUUCGUUCUCCUGUAACACCAAUAGUUCUGCCGAUUGUCCAUCGCGGAUUUGAUGAGAUAAUGCCUGAAAACUCUCUCUUUGGUAGGAGGCCUCUGGUUCCCUUGUGCUGUAAGAAGAUUGAGGUUAUUGUGGGUGAGCCGAUUGAGUUUGACCUACCUAGCAUGAAGCAGAUGGCAAUUUCCAUGUCGCGUAAUUGGGCCUCUCCUCUACUAGGAUGGCCUGCUACUGGAGAACCAACUAGGCUGGAUGAGCCUGCACAGAGAUUCUUGUACGGUCAUAUCUCAGAUCAAAUUCGAGGUGUUAUGGAGAAACUACGUGCACUGUCGUUACAGAAGAGAAGCUGAAGAUUUAUAUUUGCCUGUUCAUUAUUUACAAUAAGUUCACUGUAUUUCUUAGAUUAAAUACUAAUUCUUAUCAAAUGAAAUUUUUAUUCAUUUCAUAA